UAAUAGUAUUGAGCGAAAGCUAACAUAAAAUAGACUUAAAGACAAACUGUAGUCGUAUUCGUGUUUUGUUUGACUAAUCACUGAAUCAAACAUUAAAUCUAGUGUUCAAUCAUUACAUUUAAUAAACAAUUGAAUCACUGAAUGAGUGGAUCAAUUAAAGUGACACUUAAUCGGCCAUAAGAGAUGACUCUGAGGAAAGUGAAGGGCAAUUUCGAUCGUAUUUUCGAUAAAAAUCUGUCAGAUCUGGUCAGAGGUAUUCGCAACAACAAAGAUAAUGAGAAUAAAUACAUUUCUCAAUGUAUUGAAGAGAUUAAAGAAGAGCUCAGACACGACAGCAUCUCUGUCAAGUCAAACGCUGUCUCAAAAUUAACAUAUUUACAAAUGCUUGGUUAUGACAUCAGUUGGUCAUCGUUUAACAUCAUUGAAGUGAUGUCAUCGCAGAAGUUCACAUAUAAGCGAAUCGGAUACUUAGCGGCUUCUCAAUGCUUUCACGAGAACACGGAUGUACUAAUGCUGACCACUAAUAUGAUCCGAAAGGAUUUGAACAGUCAGAACAUGUACGACGCCGGCUGUGCGAUGACCGGUCUGUCUUGUUUUGUGUCGACCGAUAUUAGCCGUGAUUUAGCCAACGAUGUGCUUACUUUGUUGACAUCAACGAAACCAUAUUUACGCAAAAAAGCUGUACUACUUAUGUAUAAAAUAUUUCUUAAGUUUCCCGAAGCACUUAAACCAGCCUUUCCAAGACUGAAGGAAAAAUUAGAAGAUCCCGAUCCCGGUGUCCAGUCAGCGGCAGUCAAUGUUAUCUGUGAAUUGGCCCGAAAGAACCCUAAGAACUAUUUGUCUUUAGCUCCAGUUUUUUUCAAAUUGAUGACCACAUCAACUAAUAAUUGGAUGUUAAUUAAGAUAAUAAAACUGUUCGGUGCUCUGACCCCACUUGAACCCCGAUUAGGCAAAAAACUGAUAGAACCGCUAACUAAUUUAAUUCACAGCACAUCUGCAAUGUCUUUGCUUUACGAAUGUAUAAAUACUGUGAUUGCAGUUCUCAUAUCUAUAUCCAGUGGUCUCCCCAAUCAUAACGCAUCCAUACAACUAUGCGUUCAAAAACUUAGGAUUUUGAUUGAAGACUCGGAUCAAAAUCUAAAAUAUUUAGGACUUCUAGCAAUGAGUAAAAUUUUAAAGACUCACCCGAAGAGCGUUCAAUCACAUAAAGAUCUGGUACUCGCCUGUCUGGACGAUAAAGAUGAGUCCAUUAGACUCAGGGCAUUGGAUCUCUUAUAUGGUAUGGUAACUAAAAAGAAUUUGAUGGAAAUCGUUCAGAAAUUGUUAGUUAAUAUAAAUGAAAGUCAAAUGGGAAACAAAUACAGAGAUGAAACCAUUACAAAGCUCAUUGAUAUUUGCUCUCAAAAUGAUUAUCAAUUUAUUGCCAAUUUUGAAUGGUAUAUAACAGUUUUGGUUGAAUUAUCACGUGUUGAGGGCGGCACAGAACACGGCGGUCUAAUAGCACAACAACUCCUCGAUGUUGCCAUAAGAGUAGAAGCUAUUCGACCAUUUGUUACGCGACAAAUGGCAAUUUUAUUGGAAAAUUCUCAUUUAUUUUACAAUUCUUCAUCUGUUUGUGAAGUCCUUUACGCCGCCGCUUGGAUUUGUGGAGAGUUUGUAGAUCACAUUCCUGACCAAACAUCAACUUUAUUACAUUUGUUGACAACCACUAUAUUCCCGGCGCACAUUACGGCUGUAUUUCUUCAAAAUGCUUCCAAAAUUUUGUCGAAGAUGUCCAAUGAAAAGACUGAUGACUUUUUUAAGUUGUGCGACGAAUUGAUUAGUAAAUAUAUACCACAUUUUCUUACAAACGAAGAUUUGGAAGUUCAAGAAAGAGCAUCAAGUCUUAUGCAAAUUAUUCAUAUAAUCAGAAGCGAAGACAUAGAUGUGGAACAACUGUUUUAUGCGUAUGCACUCAAUCCUGUGGCCGCUAAAGCCCAACGAAAAGUACCAAUUCCUGCUGGUCUUGAACUUGAUUUACCAUUUGUUGAAAUUGAUGAAUUCGAUUCAGAAGAAGAGACAAUCGAAGAAAUGAAUUUUGUUGCCGAAGAUGAGGAAGAAGAGGAAGAAGAACUGACUGAAGAACAAAUUGAAUACAACCGAAAGAUAKCUGAACAAAGAAAAACUCAAAUCGAAAAAAAUCCAAAUUAUCUAAAAUCUACUUCAAAGUCGAAAAAGAAACGAAAGGGCGUUAAGAAAGAGAGAGAAAAUAUUGAAAUGGCUGAAGAAGUGAGAGAAGAGCCUGAAGUUGAGGAAACAUAUAGUGUAACACCAAUUAUUGGUAAAUCAAUUCCAGGCCUUAUUUCAUCUGAAAACUAUUUAAAGAAAACAAAAACGAAAAAGAAAUCCAAAUCAUUGAAGAAACAAAUAGAAGAUGAAGAGGAAGAAUCAGUAGUACAGCAAAUGGUAAUUAUCAAAGGUUUAGAAAUGCCAGAAGGAGUUGAUGCCAAUGAUUUAGAGAGUGACGAUGAGUCGGCUGCAGAUGCAGCACAAGACCCGCACAGAGCGCUCGCGAAAAUUACUUUAAAUGAAUCAGAUUUUGUGAAUAAUAGAUAUGUCUCUAAACAUAAAAAUGAAUUUGAUUUGAAUGCAAUCGAAGAUAAACAAAAAAAGAAGACAAAGUUGACUAAAAAGUCAAAAUCAAGUAAAGAUAAAGAAGAGAAAAUCGAAAAGAAAACAAAGAAAAAGAAAAUAAAAACAAAAAGCAAUGAAUUAGAAAAUGGAAAUAAAAAUGAAGAGAAUGUGCGACCAAUUGUCGAAAAUGUUGAGUUGAUAUCAAAGAUAACAGAGAAAAUCGAGAGAAAAAAAUCUAAGAGACCGAAGACUUUAGAAUUAAAUGGAGACAAGAAAAAGACAAAGAAGAAAAACAAAUCAAAGUCUACAACUGUUUUAGAGACAACAGAGACCAUUGACUCGACCCGAAAGCGCGAUGAAUAUGAAGAGACUGCCGGUAUUGAGACUCCCAGUCUUUUUGUGCCUUUGAUACUAAAUGAGCCAUCGCUGACACCAACGCUUGAAGAAGUGCCACAAGAGAUGGUUCCGUCAGAUGCAAAUGAGACCGAAGUAACCAAACUUGACAUUUAAUAAUUAAUUAAUAUUUUUUAUCCAUACAAUAGUCGGGUAAUUAUCGCCAUUGAUUUUUAAGAUACUUUU